AUGGAAAAAGAAACUUUUCAAAUUAUAAAAAGACCAGGUAUUGGUAAUGAAGGAGAGCCAAUAAAAGUUCGAGCAAACUUCUUUGAAGUUACUAAGAUGCAAAAAACGAAAAUUAUACAUUAUGAUGUAACGAUAAAACCUGAGGUACCCCCGCGAUUAAAUAGGAAAGUAUUUAACCUUUUUUCGGAGAAAAACCAAGAAGCUCUUGGGGGUGUAAGACCAGUAUUCGAUGGAAGAACAAAUAUGUUUACACACAAGCCAUUACCAUUUGAAGGCAAAAGUUUUGACGUAAAAUUAGAGGAAGGUAACGUGCCCGUGGCAAGAAAACGUCCACCUGAAGAUUUCAGAAUUACAAUAAGAAAAGCUAGAGAUAUUGACAUGGAGGACCUAUUCCAAUUUUUAUUCGCAAAAAGCAGGAUGACUGAAAAUUGCCAAAUGGCAAUAACGGCAAUGGACAUCAUUAUCAGUCACGAGAUUUCUGCAAAAUAUCCUACUGUACGUAAUUCAUUUUACACUCCGCAGGGAGCUAGAUCACUCUUUGGGGGUAUUGAGGCUUGGCAGGGGUAUUACCAAUCAGCACGUCCUGCAAGGGGUAAAAUGAUGAUAAACAUAGACUUAAGUGCUACCGCCUUCUAUGAAGAAGGUCCACUUAUUCGGAUGGUUGCAAAAAUAUUGGAUCUUAGAUCUCCCAAUGAUCUACGUAAAGGAUUAUCAGAUAAAGACCGUCAAAAAGUUGAGAAGAGAAUAAAAAAUCUUAAAAUAAGAGAUAAUCAUAACCCGGAAAAUAAACGAAAAUUUAAGAUUGAGAAAUUAACUAAGACUCCAGCUUCUCAUACUACGUUUGAUAAGGACGGUAGUAGGAUUGAUGUGAAAACCUAUUUUCAAAAUCAAUUCAAUAAACGUUUAAUAUACCCAUUUCUUCCUUGUGUUGUCGUAAGGAAAACCGUUUAUCUUCCAUUAGAAGUUUGUGACGUAAUUCCGCAACAACGAUAUAUGCGGAAAUUGGAUAAGAAUCUAACAGAUGAAAUGAUGAAAUUUACUCGUCAAAAUCCGAACGUUCGGGCAAAUAAGAUCCAUGAUGGUCUCAAUAUAUUAAAUUAUAAAGGUAACGAGUACCUUAAACAAUUCGGGAUGGAAGUAUCAAAAGAUAUGGCUGUGGUGAACGCUAGGAUUCUCCCUACUCCAACAAUUCAAUACCAUCAGUCGUCAAGGGAGCAUCGUGUCCGGCCGAAUGGUGGAGCGUGGAAUUUACGAGAUAAAAAAGUAGCAAAUGGUGCCACCCUCAGCUCAUGGUCAGUUAUGGUCUUUUCUAAUUAUAAGCACUUACCUGAUCAAGCUAUUAAGUUUUUUGUGAGAGAAUUAGUUAAUACGUGUCAAGAUACUGGAAUGAACAUUUUAGAUAGAGAUCCUCCUAUAUGUCGCGGAAAUCCUAUAGGAAAUAUUGAGGAAUCAUUAAACAAAGCCUAUUUGAAUGCUAAAGAAAAGGCGAGGGUAAUUAAACCACAGCUUAUUCUUUGUAUUCUCCCAAAUGCUGGACCAGAAUUAUAUGCCGAAAUUAAACGUAUUAGCGAAACAGCUAUUGGUGUCGCAACACAGUGUAUCCAAAGUAUACAUAUGAAAAACCCAAAAAAACAAUAUUGUGCGAAUGUUUGCCUAAAGAUGAACGUUAAACUUGGAGGAGAGAAUUCAUUUCUCAUUCCCGAACAUAUUCAAUUUUUGAUAGAUGAUCCUACUAUUUUGAUGGGCGCAGACGUUACUCAUCCUACGGCGACUGCCGAUGAUGAAAGUCCAUCUUAUGCUGCCCUGUGUGGUUCCAUGAACGUUAAGGCAUCACGUUAUGCAGCGUCACUUAGGGUUCAAACCGGCGGUACCGAAAUAAUAAUAGAUUUGGAAAAUAUGGUUAAGGAAUCGUUAAAAGCAUUUUAUCAAACUUGUGGGUUAAAACCCAAAAAAAUUUUAUUUUACCGAGACGGAGUUUCAGAGAGUCAAUUUAUGGAGGUAUUAGAAUGUGAACUAACCGCGAUUAGAGCCGCGUGUCGAAGUCUUGAGGCUAGUUAUAAACCCAAUAUCACGUUUGUUGUGGUGCAGAAGAGACACCACACACGUCUUUUCCCAAUUCAUGGCGGCGAUAGAACGGGAAAUUGUAUUCCUGGCACUGUUGUUGAUAUGGACAUUACACAUCCAUUUGAAUUUGAUUUUUAUUUAUUAAGUCAUGCUGGACUGCUGGGAACGUCUCGGCCAGCCCAUUAUCGUGUUUUAUAUGACGAAAACGGGUUUGAUGCAAAUAGGUUACAAAUGUUAUCUUAUAAUCUUUGUUAUGUAUAUGCGCGUUGUACACGUGCAGUAUCUUUGGUACCUCCGGUAUAUUACGCCCAUUUAGCUGCUGCUAGGGCAAAAAUUCACUCACCCUACCGUGAUACUGAUACUGAAUCAUCCAAAGGCGACAAAAGUACCGCGACCACAAUUGGAGAGGUAAAGGGCGAGCUACGAAAGGUUAUGUACUUUAUGUGA